UAGCGAUUCUCGCGCGCAAGCGUCGUGUGCGUCACAUGGUGGAUCGUGGCUUUAAGACUGAGGUAGAAAUCGGCUUGUGGUGGUUCGUAACAUUUCUGUAGGAAUCGGAAUUCGGAACUGUGAGGAUGUUGGGCAGCAAGCCCGUGCCGUGGCGGCGGCUGCAGGGCAUUUCCUUCGGGAUGUAUUCGGCCGAGGAACUCAAGAAAUUAAGUGUUAAAUCCAUUACAAAUCCUCGGUACCUGGACAGCCUGGGGAACCCAUCGGCAAAUGGCCUGUACGACUUGGCUUUGGGCCCUGCGGAUUCCAGAGAAGUGUGCUCCACCUGUGUGCAGGACUUCAACAAUUGCUCCGGGCACUUGGGCCACAUCGAGCUCCCACUCACGGUGUACAACCCCCUCCUCUUCGAUAAACUCUACCUGCUGCUCCGAGGCUCCUGUUUAAACUGCCACAUGAUGACUUGCCCGCGGGCUGUCAUUCACCUCUUAGUCUGCCAGCUGAGGGUUCUGGAAGUCGGGGCUCUGCAAGCAGUCUACGAGCUUGAGCACAUUCUGAACAGGUUUCUGGAAGAAAAUCCUGAUCCUUCUGCCUUUGAAAUUCAGGAGGAGUUAGAACAGUAUGCAGCUGAAAUUGUCCAGAAUAACCUUCUGGGAUCCCAGGGGGCACACGUGAAAAAUGUCUGUGAGAGCAGGAGCAAACUCAUUGCUCACUUCUGGAAAACACACAUGACGGCUAAGCGAUGCCCCCACUGCAAGACUGGGCGGUCAGUUGUCAGAAAGGAACACAACAGUAAACUGACCAUCACAUAUCCAGCCAUCGUGCACAAGAAAGGUGACCAGAAGGACACAGGGACCCCAGGAAUUGAGGAGGCUCAGUUGGGGAAACGAGGGUACCUGACGCCCACCAGCGCCCAAGACCAUCUCAUCGCCCUCUGGAAGAAUGAAGGAUUCUUCCUGAAUUACCUUUUUAUGGGACUGGAAGAUGUUGGCAUGGAGUCCAGAUUCAAUCCCAGUAUGUUCUUUCUGGAUUUCUUGGUGGUGCCGCCAUCAAGGUAUCGGCCUGUCAAUCGCCUGGGGGACCAGAUGUUUACCAAUGGCCAGACAGUGAACUUGCAGGCUGUCAUGAAGGACAUAGUUCUGAUCCGCAAGCUCCUGGCAUUGAUGGCCCAAGAACAGAAGCUGCCAUGUGAGGUGGCAGCACCUGCCACAGAUGAGGACAAAGACUCCUCAGUUGUGGUGGACCGCUCCUUUUUAAGUUUGCUUCCAGGCCAGUCCCUCACAGACAAGCUUUACAACAUCUGGAUUCGCUUGCAGAGCCACGUCAACAUUGUGUUUGACAGCGAAAUGGACAAAUUAAUGAUGGAGAAGUAUCCUGGCAUUAGACAGAUCCUGGAGAAGAAGGAAGGCCUGUUCCGAAAGCACAUGAUGGGAAAGCGAGUAGACUACGCGGCCCGCUCCGUCAUCUGCCCAGACAUGUACAUUAACACCAACGAGAUCGGCAUUCCCAUGGUAUUUGCUACAAAACUGACCUACCCUCAGCCUGUUACCCCCUGGAACGUACAAGAACUGAGGCAGGCGGUCAUCAACGGCCCCAACAUGCACCCGGGAGCCUCCAUGGUCAUCAACGAGGAUGGCAGUCGCACAGCGCUGAGCGCCACAGACCCCACGCAGCGGGAGGCUGUAGCCAAACAGCUCCUGACUCCAUCCACUGGGGCACCUAAGCCCCAGGGGAUGAAAAUUGUAUGCCGACACGUGAAGAAUGGGGACGUUCUCCUGCUGAACCGCCAGCCCACCCUGCACAGACCCUCCAUCCAGGCCCACCGUGCCCGGAUCCUGCCCGAAGAGCGCGUCCUGCGGCUCCACUACGCCAACUGCAAGGCCUAUAACGCCGACUUUGACGGAGACGAGAUGAACGCUCACUUCCCCCAGGGUGAGCUGGGCCGGGCCGAGGCCUACGUCCUGGCCUGCACUGAUCAGCAGUACCUGGUUCCCAAGGAUGGCCAGCCCUUGGCGGGGUUGAUCCAAGACCACAUGGUCUCGGGUGCAAACAUGACCACACGUGGUUGCUUUUUCACCCGGGAACAGUACAUGGAGCUGGUGUACCGGGGGCUCACGGACAAAGUGGGGCUUGUGAAGACCUUUCCCCCUGCCAUCCUGAAGCCCUUUCCACUGUGGACAGGAAAACAGGUUGUGUCUACUCUGCUAGUGAACAUAAUCCCAGAGGACCACAUCCCACUGAACUUGUCAGGAAAGGCGAAAAUCAGUGGGAAAGCUUGGGUGAAGGAACCUCCUCGGCCUGUUCCAGGCUUUAACCCUGAUUCAAUGUGCGAGUCCCAGGUGAUCGUCAGGCACGGGGAGCUGCUGUGCGGCGUGCUGGACAAGGCGCACUACGGGAGCUCCACCUACGGCCUGGUGCACUGCUGCUACGAGGUCUACGGCGGCGGGACCAGCGGCCGGGUGCUCACCUGCCUGGCCCGCCUCUUCACCGCCUACCUGCAGCUCUACAGGGGCUUCACCUUGGAUGUGGAAGACAUUCUGGUGAAGCCCAAGGCAGAUGCCAGGAGACAAAGUGUCAUUGAAGAGUCCACCCACUGUGGGCCCCGGGCCGUCGGGGCUGCACUGAACCUGGCCGAAGCCGCACCGCCCGACGAAGUCCGCGGCAAAUGGCAGGAUGCUCAUCUGGGCAAAGACCAGAGGGAUUUUAACAUGAUUGAUCUCAGGUUCAAGGAGGAAGUGAACCAUUACAGCAACGAGAUUAACAAGGCAUGCAUGCCUUUUGGCCUGCACAGACAGUUCCCAGAGAACAACCUGCAGAUGAUGGUGCAAUCUGGAGCCAAAGGUUCCACCGUGAACACAAUGCAGAUCUCAUGCCUGCUGGGCCAGAUUGAGCUGGAAGGCCGGAGGCCCCCACUGAUGCCGUCUGGCAAGUCACUGCCCUGCUUCGAGCCAUACGAAUUCACCCCCAGGGCUGGCGGCUUUGUCACUGGCAGAUUCCUCACCGGCAUCAAGCCUCCUGAGUUCUUCUUCCACUGCAUGGCUGGGCGCGAAGGUCUGGUCGACACCGCGGUGAAAACCAGCCGCUCCGGCUACCUCCAGAGGUGCAUCAUCAAGCACCUGGAGGGGCUGGUGGUCCAGUACGACCUGACGGUCCGCGACAGCGACGGCAGCGUGGUGCAGUUCCUGUACGGGGAGGACGGCCUGGACAUCCCCAAGACGCGGUUCCUGCAGCCCAAGCAGUUCCCCUUCCUGGCCAGCAACUACGAGGUGAUAAUGAAAUCAAAGCAUCUCCACGAAGUUUUAUCCAGAGCAGAUCCCCAAAAGGCUCUCCACCACUUCAGAGCCAUCAAAAAAUGGCAGGGCAAGCAUCCCAACACCCUGCUGAGGACAGGCGCCUUCCUGAAUUAUUCACAGAAAAUACAGGCAGCUGUGAAAACCCUGAACCUCGAGGGGGGCAGCCAGAACGGCCGUAGCCCCGAGACCCACCAGGUGUUGAGGCAGUGGUACGAGUUGGACGAGCAGAGCCGGAGGAAAUACCAGAAGAGGGCAGCUUCUUGUCCUGACCCCAGUCUGUCUGUCUGGCGCCCAGACAUCUACUUCGCAUCAGUGUCGGAAACAUUUGAAGAAAAGGUCGAUGCCUACAUUUGCGAGUGGGCCUCUCAAGCAGAGAAGAGUUACGAGAAAUCAGGGCUUUCUCUUGACAGGCUGAGGACCCUGCUGCAGCUGAAGUGGCAGCGCGCGCUCUGCGACCCGGGCGAGGCUGUGGGGCUGCUGGCUGCGCAGAGCAUCGGGGAGCCCUCCACACAGAUGACCCUAAACACCUUCCACUUCGCCGGCAGAGGCGAGAUGAACGUCACUCUGGGCAUUCCGAGGCUGCGGGAGAUCCUCAUGGUGGCCAGCACCCACAUCAAGACGCCCAUGAUGAGCGUCCCCGUGCUUGGCACAAGGAGAGCGCGGAGGAGAGCAGAGAGACUGAAGAAGCGGCUCACCAGGGUGUGCCUUGGCGAGGUGUUGGAGAAAGUUGAUGUCCAGGAGUCCUUCUGCAUGGAAGAACAACAGAGCAAGUUCCGGGUGUACCGGCUGCGGUUCCAGUUCCUGCCCCAUGCCUGUUACCAGCAGGAGAAAUGCCUGAAGCCUGAGGACAUCCUGCACUUCAUGGAAACAAGGUUUUUUAAGCUCCUGAUAGAGUCCAUCAGAAAGAAGAACAACAAAGCUUCGGCGUUCAGAAGCGUUAACUCCCGCAGAGCCACACUGCAGGAUCUGGACGGUGCUGGCGAGUCGGGGAGGAGCUCGGAGGAGCAGGGAGGUGAGGGGGAAGAAGAGGGGCUCAUCGUGGACGCCGAAGCUGAGGAAGGGGAUGCUGACGCCUCCGACGCCAAACGCAGAGAGAAGCAGGAGGAGGAGGUUGAUUAUGAGAGUGAGGAAGAGGAGGAGAAUGAGACAGGGGACGAUGACGAGGAAGGUGAUGCCGGUGAAGGCACCCCAGAGGUCCACGAGCACGAUGAAGAGGUGGACCCAGGCCCUGAGCAGGACCCGCCACUGGCUGCCCUCCUGUCACAGCCCGGGAAGCCCACCUGCAGCGGGGAGCCCCAGGGAGCAGAGGCCGUGGAGCGCCGCGUCCAGGCUGUGCGCGAGGCCCACCCCUUCGUGGAGGACUACUGGUACGACACCGAGGAGAGCCUGUGGUGCGAGGUGACAGUGAAGCUUCCCCUGAUGAAGAUUCACUUUGACAUGAGCUCCCUGGUAGUCUCCUUGGCUCAGGGCGCCGUCGUCUACGCAACCCAGGGCAUCACGAGGUGCCUCCUGAGUGAGACGACCAACAAGAUGAACGAGAAGGAGCUGGCCUUAAACACGGAGGGCAUCAACCUGCCCGAGCUGUUCAAGUACGCCGAGGUCCUGGACCUGCGCCGUCUCUAUUCCAAUGACAUCCACGCGAUGGCCAGCACCUACGGCAUCGAGGCCGCGCUGCGGGUGAUCGAGAAGGAGAUCAAAGACGUGUUUGCUGUGUAUGGCAUUGCAGUGGAUCUGCGCCAUCUGUCCCUCGUGGCGGAUUACAUGUGCUUCGAGGGUGUCUACAAGCCGCUGAAUCGCUUUGGGAUCCGGUCGAACUCCUCCCCUCUGCAGCAGAUGACGUUUGAAACCAGCUUCCAGUUUCUGAAGCAAGCAACCUUGAUGGGAUCCCACGACGAGCUGCGGUCCCCGUCAGCCUGCCUAGUGGUUGGGAAGGUCGUCAGGGGCGGGACGGGCCUAUUCGAGCUCAAGCAGCCCCUGCGAUAGCAGCCCCUGCCUGCCCAGCCAGGAGGAAGGUCGAGGACCUGGCGUGGGUGUCGCCCGGCCUGCCCUUUGCACAGGAGGACAGGAGGCCGGGAUGCAAAGGGCAGUUUCUGUGACUGCAGGCCAUGGCCGUGACCUUGGGGCUCUGGAUCAGGAGGCGGUGGUCCUCCUUCCUCCCCGUCUUGGAGACAAAACCCUUGAAGAGAAGCUUAAGGGGAUCCAUGCUUUGAUGCUGGGGACUCCAGGACCCCCGGGGCAGGAAAGCAAGGUCCCAUGUCUGAGCAGCGCCUCCUGGCACCCAGCCCACGCCUUCGGCUGCACCCACCCCUCAAGGAGAAGUCCCCAAAGAGCUUCCACUGAAGGGUUUUCCCCUGGGCCAAGUGCAGGACGGUACAGUGCUCCAUCCCACCCACCGUUUGUGUCUGGGGCAGGGUCCUGGCCUGCCGGCUUAUGGCUACCUGUCCUUCCAGAGCAGCUCAGCCCUGAGUCCUGGGUGGUCAAUCCGGGGCCCCAGCAGCUCACCCCACACACGAGACCCCGCGUCGCCAGCUGGGCUGGGGCAUUUGAAUGAGUUGCCUGGCACCCCCAGCUCUGCACCCAGCUGCUGCCGAGCCUCCCUCCGCUCCAGGCACCGGCAGCAAGGAGCCCUGACAGGAGCAGGAGUCAGAGGACAUGUACAAAGGCUUUGUAAAACCAGAGACGGUUUCUAUUUUGGUCUCAUGUUAUUCUAACUCAGGCUGAGUCAUAAACAUCACUGGAACUAGC